AUGAAGGAAGCAAUCGUCGACAAAGGCCCCAAGGUCACCAUCCGGCAUGUCGAUAUCCCAAAGCCAGGACCGCGCCAGGUCGUGACCAAGAUCGAAUACUCUGGCAGCAAUCCAAAGGACUGGUGAGUGCACUAUUCAAUGCUGUACGAUACUCUUCAAGCACCCAUUGAUCAUCACGCUUCACAGGAAAAUCCCAGAAUGGGUGCCUGAUGCCGCUCCAAUGAACCAAGGCGACGAUAUCUCCGGCAUCGUACACGAAGUAGGAGAAGGAGUGACGGAAUUCAAAAAGGGCGACCGCGUGGCUGCUUUCCAUGAGAUGAUGAAACCGGGAGGAUCGUACGCCGAAUAUGGAUUAAGCUGGGAUCAUACCACGUUCUUCUUGCCGAAGAAUACUAGCUUUGAAGGUGAGAAUCCUGUCGGGACUUUGCAAUGGGAAGAUACUGAUAUGGCACAGCCGGUGCUGCUAUCCCGCUAGCCGCUCUGACCGCAGCUCUUGGUCUCUUCGCGGAGGACAGGCUCAACCUCCCGCAGCCAUGGUCUCCAGCGAACGAGUCGAUCCCUUUGGUUGUCUAUGGAGCGUCUUCAGCAGUUGGCUCUUACGUCGUCCAAUUCGCUACGCAAGCCAACAUCCAUCCUCUCAUCUGCGUCGCCGGUAGAGCCCAGUCGCACGUCGAAAAGCUCAUCGAUCGUUCGAAGGUAAUGCGAAACCCAACAUCCCCGAAUCUGCCAACACUCAAUGGCUAACCUCCCUCACAGGGCGACACCAUAAUCGACUACCGCCAAGGCGACGACGCCGUCUCUCAAGGCAUCCAGACCGCCCUCAAAGGCGCCAAACUCCACCACGCCUACGACGCCGUCUCCGAGAAGAACUCCUACCAGAACAUCUGCCGCGUCCUCGACCCCAAUGGCGGAAAAAUCACCCUCGUCCUACCAGGAAAAGAUUACUCCGAUAUCCCCGCUUCGAUCCAAAAGAGCGAAACUAGAGUCGGAGAUGUCCAUGGCAAGAAUAAGGAUUUCGGGUUCGUGUUUUGUAGGUAUAUCACGAGAGGAUUGGAGGAAGGCUGGUUCAAGCCGCAGCCGCAGGAGGUUGUGAAGGGUGGGUUGGAGGGGAUUGAGGGGGCUUUGGAGAAGUUGAAGGAUGGCACGGCCAGUGCAGUUAAGUAUGUCUUUAAGAUUGGGGAUACGCCGGGGCUGCAGUGAGGCGGAAGGAUAUCGACAAAUGUAGAUAGUCUAAGUGAAAAUUGAAGAUACGUUUCUCCAAGGCCGGCUUCUCGGACGCAAACCAUCACCGGUAGAAGCAUUGGUGUAUUGGAGAAAGUGCCCGAUGCCGUUCGAUCAAGUCUCAUAGCCCCAACCUUCAGCCUGCAGUCUCGACCCACAUCUAGUAUGUAUUACCCAGCCGGAUGAGGACGUAUCACGAACAAGCCGGAGAAGCUACCGUACAACACCAGACCCCACACCAUCACCAAGUCGUAGGCGCCAAUCCAUCGUGUUCAGAGCCUUCUACAACCCCUAGCAAUUAUCACUGGUGAUCUUUUGUAUGGGAGAUGCCAUCCACCCUCUUGCAACAGGCGAUAUGUAUGCUAUGGGCACCAGUGGAAACGAGUAAGUCGAAUCUCAUCAUCGGGAACAUCGUCAGCCGUGGAAUUUGGCAGCUCUUUUCUUCGUACUCGUCAAGGAUUCAGACCUAAGCACGGCGCCGAAUGUCUAAGAAGCAGAUCUUUUCCCGCUAGGACUGCCUCGACCACUCCUCAUCGGCGGAAACGCAGUGCUCUUACUUACGUGGUAGAGCCACCUACGGAAGCUAACCCAUUCCUUGAAAUGCCCGUCGUAUCUUAUGAGCUCCAUUUCAAAAUUCUCGUGCGUGUGGCGAGCUCAUCUACUCACCCUUGAGUCUAAUAUUUGGUGGCGCCAUCCAGCUUUUCUCCUUGUCCUCCUCUUUGACAGUCCAGACCAAAGCGUCCAACAUAAGUUCCGAAUGUCGUUUCCCGGAAAUGCCCCACGUUGGACGUACUCAUUGCGUUGAUCAAUCUACUCUAGCCUCUCCUCCUCAUCAUCUCCAUAGACACGUCAAUAUACGACAUAUUCCCCACUUGCCGUCGUGGUACUGGCCGAGGUCCGCAACCUUCUGACUGUCAACUCGUCUAGAAUGAAGAAAGUGGUCACAACGAACGGCGGUUUUCGCGUCGCGGAAUACAUUUCGAAUGGAAGGCUUUUGAGAUAGAUGAAUUGCUAGCGUGGGAAAGAGAUAUCUUUGCUUAGGCUGGCUUUGGAAUUCGAAGCUGGUUUUCGUGUGCCUCCCCUGAGGGCAGCGUCGAGUCGAAUCGGCAGAAUCUCGGGCCGAUCACUUGGCAAUGCAUGUGAAAGCGGGUUGAACCCCGCUAGCUGACUUGUCACCAGCUUGUUGACAAGCCGGAAUGAAAAUGCGAGUAGUAAUGUCAAGUUGUAGAGAAAUGCGUCGCUCGUUGUCAGAUCGCGGAUAUUUCUGGCGGCUUUUCGAGAAGCCAGCUCCUCUCACCUUUCUUUCCUUCACAGAGGAGGAUGGAUGGAUGGAUGGAGGUGCGAAUCGCGAGUUGUCACACACAUUCAUCCUCAUCCAGCCGACAUGCUCGCUCGCGCGUACUGCCCUGUCCUGGAUCAUAAGACUCCACCUCCACGACUUCCUCGUCUGCGUACGUGCAGUGCGAGUACCUGGGAAGAGAAACAUGACCGUCGACGGCCUUUACCCACAACAAGUCAAACAUACUGGCAACUUUUCAGCAAAGUGUCAGCUCCUUUUCAAGGUUGGAUACUUACUUAGUACCGCGCUGUAGCCUUGCUACCUUCUUUCAUCAUCACGCACGCACGUCUAGAACGAAGUGCUGUUGGAUGUCGAAUCCCUGGUCUUCUCGGCCGAGUUCGACAUGACGCGUCGAAAUUGAGCUUCGAGGAGCCACAUGAGUUGAUUUCACUGCUCGUGACUGCCGUAACUGCAGCGAUACAAUCAAUACAAUUAGCCGUAGUUUUCAUCGUGGUGGCGUUGUCGCAGCUUUCCGUCGAUAGCCCUGAGCAUCAGAAGUGCUCGGGAGCUCGACAAGAUCUCUUCGAAGUCUUUUCUUAGCUCCGUUCACUGGUUCAUGGUAAGGCCGAAGUUCCCUGACUACCAUCGAGCGGGAAGAAGAGGCCCGCGCAGACGACGCCAGAUGAGGAUGCGGAUGGACAGGUAGGAACUGCGGUGAGGGGGAUGAGUUCUGAGAGAAAAAAAAAGCAUUGUGCUAUUGCGAUGGCUGCCAUGCAAUCUACGUCCCGCCAAAGGCGAUGAGAGUCAUGCUCACGAUGGCUUGGAAGACUACCUUACCUUACCUCUCAGCGUGAUCAGAUUCAGGAGCGCGACGGACACCUGGACGACGAGCACAGAGUCGAGCGGAAACUUCAAGCCUGACGGUACGUACUGGUGAGGGCUUCUUCCUUGAUGUAGCAGAACCCAGCUGGACAGUAUCAGCGUCCCAAGUCCAGUCACGGCGCCGAAAAAGCAUACGAGGAGAUUAAUGCCUCCGGGGGGAUAUUGAGCGACACUAUCUUGGCCCUCCUCCGCCGCAUGUGCGGUUCUAUCGGAUCCGAAUAUGCAGUGUAGGGCAAAUGGCUGGACGGUGAGGAUUGUAAAAUCCGAAAUUGGACCAGCCGCCACUAUUAGUUGUGAAGGUUGCGUGCGAAAGACAGUAGUUGCAUCGACUGUUGAUCCCAUCACCGCGUGAAGCAGGAGGGAGUGAAAAUGAAGCCCCCUGCAAAGAGCACGUCCACCGCUAUCUCCAGCACAGGCAAGACGCGGACGCCAGGUAAGGUAUGUUCAUGAAUGACCGUCCGUGAUUGCGACGCUGAUCAUGAUCGCAAGCAAGAAAACCCUCCUAAGGUUGUAGGUCCGCGUCCGGGUUUCCCAUUAUUGGCCGCCGUCGGUAUCCUCGUGGCGAGGAGGUAACGUGGCAGCAGCGACUCCGCCAGACCACAAGAUGGGUGAGGAGCCAGCGAGCGAUGUUAGCUCCAAAUACCGGCGGUCUCUUCUAAAACCACUCAGUCUAUGCAAAAGUCCGCAUCUUUCUGUAUCAUUUUGCGCAACAACCCUCUAUAAAGCCCCCUCAGCUUCGACCUGAUAGCUUUCGCAAAAGAGACAUCCGCCGUAUUUAAUCUUGCCCUGUGGAUACCCGCGGGAGUGAUGAGCAGACGCUGCGCGUCAAACGUAUGUAUGCCAGCUGACAUGGGCAUCCGGAGCAUGUUCCUGAUCCUCAAGACUCGCAUGUGUCUUGUUGUUCAUGUCCUUCUGUGGUCUCAAUCACCACUCUUCGAAGUUCGUGACGAAUGUUUAGGGGGAGGUGGGAGGGCGGCAUAGGGCCGCGGGGUGGAAUUGACAUGUGAAGUCCACCUCGCCCGGCGGCCGUCCAAUCGAUGUUUUCCCCGAGUGUCAACCUCACUUCCGUCUCUCUACACUACAAAUUCCUCCUUCCAUCCCGGCAGAUCUCGUUGCGGAAAGCAAGUAAUCUUUCCCCACUGUUGAAAUCGGAAGCAGUCGAAAAAAAAAAACACCCAUCUACCCACCCGCUUGACGUCAGUAGUGCAUGUGCAUACAUGUACAUGCAUGGAAGGUCUCGUACCACGGUACCUAAUUCCCGCCGAUUAAAUCCGGCGCUAGAAGCUAGCUAUACCUUAUGUUCACCUCUGUCAUAAUAAGACGCCCUUAUUCUUCUGCUCUUCCAUCAUUCCGUGGAGAAGAAAACCCAGCCUCUCGAGAUAUACAUCCUACGUUCACCUCAGUGUUCCUAGACUUCGACUCGACGGAGCAGAGCAGAGGUGCUCGAGAGAGAGGUCACACACACAUCUUCAUUCAAUCAAUCAAUCAAUCAAAUCAAUCAGUCAUGCCGGAAUUGCUGCAGAACGUAGCCAUAAUCGGAGCGGGACUCGGCGUCAGUGCACUCACCUCUGUGAAUCCGACAUUUUUGAUACCAAAGGAACUAACAACAGGUCGUGUCAUUUAUUAGGGCUGUACUCUAGCCAUCGCUCUCGCCCAAAAGAACAUACCCGUCACCGUCUACGAAGCACGCCCGGAGUCGACGACCCCGGGGGGUUUCAGCGGCAUCGCCUCGGGAGUGCUCCUCACGCCCAACGGCCUCCGAGUCCUGGAUAACCUGGGCAUCUACUCCCGGAUCAAAGACCGCUGCUACGUUCCCACGCACCGCAUUCUGAAGAACGACCAGGAUGAAACGACGAAGAAAGUCGAACACGGCGAGCUCGGGCCGGAUGGGUUUCGGAAUCAUAGGAUCUGGCGAAGUCUGCUGCUCGACGAGAUGAGGACGAUGCUGAAGGAGCGGGGCGUGCCGGUGCAUUAUGGCUCCAGAUUCAAUGGUUUCGUCUCCGAGAAUGCGGAGCGAGGAGUCGCGUUCAGAAUCAAUGAUGAGGAGCAGACCGCUUCGCUCCUCAUCGGCUCCGACGGAAUCUACAGCUCUGUGAGGAAGUAUGUUGCGCCUACCGUUGGACCCGAAUACACCGGUCUCAUGGCCAUCCUCUCGCAUAUCCCUUACGCGUCCGUGGAAUGGCCGUAUGAAGACUACGAAAAGAACGCGACGAUCCAGUCCAAGCCAGGAGCGAUAUUGUGGAUUGCCGAGGAUCCCGAAGGCAAAGAUCUGAUGAUAGGAAAGCAAUUCCACUACCCUCAGCAAUCUCGUCAAGACCUUGAAGCAUUACAAGGCGACCGCGACAAAUUGGCGGGCUUCGUUCAAGAGAACUAUGAGGAAUACGGAGAGACUGCCAGGAAGAUCAUCGAUAGUGUGGUGAAACACAAAGAGACGUUGUACAUUUGGCCAUUCCUGAAGAUGCCAAAGCUGGAGAGAUGGUUUAGUGAAGGUGGGAGGGUGAUAUUGGUGGGCGAUGGAGCGCACGCUGUGCCUCCUAGUUCGGGCCAAGGUGUGAACCAGGCUUUGGAAGACGUCUAUUCCAUCACAUACUUGCUUUCUUCCUUGAAGGCAGGCGAUGACGCGACGAAAGCUCUUGCAUUUUGGCAGCAGAUGCGCCAGGAAAGAAUCGAUGCCGUCGUUGAUUGGACUGAGAAUUCCGCGAAUGUGGUCCGACUACCCGAGGCUGAGAGGCAAAGACUCGUCGCAGAGGGCAAGGUCAAAGAAGGCCAAUACGACGACAUGUCUUGGCUCCAUCACCCGAACAUCGAGCAGAGAAUCGACGCGUGGAUGCGAGCUGCCUGA